GUGAGAAGUUUGACCACUGUUCAUCUAUCUCCUCUGUUUGUUCGAUAACUAAUUCUUAAUAAUUUUCCCUUUUUCUUCACUGUUUUUUCGCUCUCAAAUUCUUCACUUCAAUUUUCGAGUUCAAUUCACAGCUCGAUUCGUCUUCAUUAUUUCGCUGUCCGCCGAUCUGUUCACUCUUACUUCCACCACUUCCUUUGCUUUUCUCCAGAUUUAUUAGGAGUUCCUGUUUGCAUAACUAUCUUCUUGAACACAAGAUGGGGUGCUUCCCAGUUUUAAAGAGUAAGAAGAAAAAUCAUGGACACAGUGUUCAUGACAAAAAUGUUAGCUCUAAGGAGAUUGUGCCAACUAUGCUGCCCGAACCCCAAAUUCGUACACGCUCAUUGCAGUCUGCACCACCAAGUUUUAAGACCAGAGUGAAACCUGUACAACCAGCGAAUGGUGCUGCUGGCAGUAGGAUACGGACAUUGUCUGCUCCAUCGACACUUGAUGCAGCAGAGCAGGAUGCUCUUUCAUCAGUUGAAUAUGAUGAACCAGAAGAGUCAAUUGGCCGAUUUGGAUUGAAUAGGGAACAGAGAUCCCCAAGUCCUCAACCUCUUCCUCUUCCAUCACCCCAGGUUGUUGUGGCACUAAAGCAUACUGGAAGCUUUAAAUCAGUGGUGUCAACUGGACCUCUGUACGCCUCUGGGCCAUUGCCACUACCACCUGUCGGAGCAGCCAAAAACUUUUCAUUUGAAGAAAUAUCAGCUGCUUGCCAUAAUUUUUCUGCGGAAUCCUGUGUGUCAGAAAGUCUAUCUUCUUUAAUGUAUAGGGCUUCUUUUGGAGACGACGCUUCAACUUCAAAGAGGUUUGAAGCCACCGUUACUUGCCGCCAUCCGUCCAACCAGGGUUUUAAGGAAUUUGUUUCCGAGGUUAAUACCCUAGCAUCUUUGCAACAUCCAAACCUCUGUAAAUUGAUUGGCUUUCAUGCCCAUGAGGGUUCGGGGCCAAGAAUGCUGGUGUACGAGAGGCUUUUUCAUGGAAGCUUAGAUCGUCUAUUGUAUGGGAGAUCAGAUGGGCCUUCUAUUGACUGGAAUACAAGAACGAAGAUUGCAUUAUGUGCUGCACAGGGUCUCACUUUCUUGCAUGAAGAGGGACCUUUUCAGGCAAUGUACAAUGAAUUUUCCAUCACCAACAUUCAAAUUGACAAAGAUUUUAGUGCCAAGCUUUCUGGAUAUGGUUGUGUUGGACACAUUCCUACACCUGAGACAGAGAUUUCUAACAAUUCAGUGUCAGCAGCAUAUCUAUCAAUUGAGACAUUGGAGAGAGGGCUGCUUACUCCAAAGAGCAACGUUUGGAGUUUUGGAAUCGUUCUUCUAGAAUUGCUAACUGGGCGAAGAAACCUUGAUGGUCGUUACCCAAAAGAAGAGAGGAACUUAGUCAAGUGGAGCAGACCAUUCCUCGCCGAUGAUGGUCGGUUGUCAUUGAUCAUGGAUCCUCAAUUAAAAGGCCGCUUCUCGAUCAAGGCAGCCAGGACAGUGGCUGACAUUGCUCUGAAAUGUCUUCAGAAGGACCCCUCAGAAAGACCCACAAUGAGGAAUGUAGUUGAACACCUGAAGAUUAUCCAAAAUUUGAAGCACUCGAGCCGAUUCCCGCUCCAAGAACCCGCUGCACCCCCAGUAAAACAGAUGCUAAGAUCACCAAGCCUUGAUGGAAUCAUUACACCAGCAGCAGCUAGAUUAAGUUUCUCGCCUUCUCCACCCUCCGGAUUUCACCCAUCUCUUUCACCCGGAGGGAAAUCUUCCAUUCCUACACUCCCACCCCGGCUAUGUUCGACCCUCUCCUUCGAGGAUUUCGAUCGACAGGAAAGACGAAAAUCAUCUGCAUCAGCCCUACGGAGACCACGUAUCGAAGGAUAUUGACAUUCUAAUUCAUUUUAUUUGUUCAUUAUUUAUUAUAUUUUUCUUGUCUGUUUUCCCCUCUCCUGGUGAUUGAUUUUUCAACACAAUGUACAGCAGAUUAGAAGAAGAGAGAAAAAAAAACCAUUCAUCCUCCUACCUGAAGGAGGAGAAAUAUAUGCCUACUUUUCUGUAGAUAUAGUUCUAACAAUGUCGUUUUAUGUGAAUGUAUACACUUCAUACA